AUGACUGUCUCGCAACUGAAAAAAUACCUACAAGACAGAGGUGUUUCUGUAAGCGGUUAUCUGAAAACGUCUCUAGUAGAGAUUGCCUCGUCUGUUGAGAAAAUGAACUUGCCGAUUGACCCAAACUUUGAAAAAGUUGAGCUUACAUCAACUAGUGGUAUUAUAUUAAAUGAUAUGCAUAUUCCGGACCCUUUUACGAUCAAAGUCGAGAAUAACUUUAUUAAUUCGCCUCCUUUUGGUCUGUACGACAUUUUUAAUCACUUCAUUUACCAUUCAACUGAGUACGAUAAACAGGGGCUGGCGGCGUACAAGUCUUUCGACGAUUAUCGUCUGUUCGUCGAUGGUUAUGUCGAAUCUUUAAAGACGAGCACAUUACCCAACGAAGGCAUUCAUGUUUAUGUGGCAGAGGUUAAACCUUCUAUGAAAAAUCAAACCGACGAAGGCAAAGAUUUUUACAAACUUUGCUUUAUUCUCGAGGGAAGAGGAGCCAACAAGGGCAGUGUUUUAUAUGCAAAAUGUAAAUGCAAAGGUGGUCAGGAUGGGGGCUGUAAGCAUAUUGCAGCAGCCAUGUAUGCGUUGGAGGACUUUCUUCACAGUCCGGACAAAGACAGUGUGACAAGUGGUCCUUGUCUUUGGACUAAAAAACCACGUUCAAAUUCAGAACCAUGUGAAGUGAAAGAUUUACACAUCGAGAGAAUAAAGAAACCAUCAAACAAGAAAAGAAAAAUUGACCGUAAAUUUUGUCAAAGUAUUGAUGUAGACGUUCGGCCUGACGAAGAUCAAGAACCACCAGAUGAAGAGAAACUGAGAGCUUUCACAGAAAAGAUGUCCAAUUUUAAAACAGACAAACCUGCAAUUUUGCCUCUGUUCCAAAAGCUGUACAGUACAGAUGAUGAUAAUAGCAUUAACUUUGAUCAGAAGGAUGGUAGUCCUCCAAGUGAAGAGACUGACUAUCCAGUCCAGCAAAAUGUUGGAAUUCUGAAAGAGAAGAUAAAGUCUAUAUUGCAAAACCAUCCAGAUGUAACCCCUACUGAUAUAAGUAAAAUGCUGUAUUUUACCGAGGAUGAAAUAGAGUUUGUGAACGAAGCUACUUUGAAGCAAUGGCAAUGUAAAGAGUGGUAUAUCAACAAGACAGGUUUCAUCUCAGCUUCAAAAUGUAAGCAAGUAUUCACACGUCAAUCAACACUUGAAAAAAAUAAAGCAGAUGAUGCUAGCAAAUUGGUUAAAUCAAUUGUGGAUUGUAACAUUCCUUCAAACAUUUCCUAUGAUCUUACUGAACCAACUAAUGCUAGAGAGUGGGGUUUGGUACAUGAGAAUAGUGCUCGUGAUGCAUACAAACGCACUGCAGCCCACACCCACCACAAACUAAACCUUGUCUCAAAAGGUUUUUUGAUAUCAAAAAGGAAACCCUUUUUGGGUGCUAGCCUUGACAAUAUUCAAACUUGUGAGUGCAAACUCAAGUGUGAAAAUGUGGUUAUUGAGUACAAGUGUCCAUACAAACACAGAGAUCUACAUCCCAAACAAGCUUUUCUUACUACUGAAAUUGGAGGUGAAAGAAAUGGGAAUGAAUUUUCAUUGAAAGCUACAUCUCGUUACUAUUAUCAGGUGCAACUCCAAAUGUUUGUUACUGGUCUUAAAAAGUGCAUAUUUGUUGUGUGGACAAAACAAGGAAUUUUUUCCAUACCAGUACCCUCAAAUCCAAGUUUUCUGGCAGACGUAUGCAACACACUUGAGGUGUUUUGGACUGAACAGAUACUUCCAGCUUUAAUGUCAGAAAUAACUGGAUUAGUGUGCACACCAGCUGAUCAUGAAGAAGUGGAUAACAAGGAUUGUAUACAUCUUACUGAAACUGUUACAUGUACAACUGCUGCUAUUCAAGACAGAUCAAUACAAGUUGAUGGGAUAGAUAUCUAUUGUGCAGAUAUUGAAACUCUCAAGCCAAAGACCAUGCUCAAUGACACAAUUGUAUCUCUUUUGUUCAAGAAAAUACAAUGCCCGUUUCCUAUCACAUUCUGUUACAGUACCUUAUGUGGUGAACAAACUAUAGGAAAACAGAUUUCCAGGGAAGACAGAAUGAAAGCAGCAGCUGUAUUUGUCAAGCCAAAGAAUCUUAGUGAAGAUUAUUUAGUCAUUCCAAUCAAUAGAAGGUUACACUGGCUGUUGGCAAUCAAAACUCCAUGGCAUAUUCUCAUUAUGGACUCUCUAACAUGUGACCUAACCACAAGAGAAACCGAAAUGCAAUACUUGACAGCCUUAUUAGACUAUGCUUGUAAAGCAAAUCACCUGGACUCAAACACAAGCACAUUGUCAAGGCAUGUGCUGAAGGUACCACAACAACCACCAGAUAGCAACAACUGUGGGGUGUAUAUGACCCAGUUCUUAAAAUAUUUCCUUGAGGACCUGAAUAUAUACAAGAAAAACCCACAUGGUUACGUACAAGUGGCACAUAACUGGUUUGGUCCACAGGAAGCAGAAUGCAUCAGACACGAUCUGAGGGUGCACUUGAAAUCUCAGUUGAACUGAGAUAAAACCAAUACCAAUAUUCUUUUAUAACUAUGUAAAUUUACAUGAAGAUCAAAAUUGUGUAGCUUAUAUGUUAAUUUACAUAUUUACAGUAUUUGUAGUCUUGUUAUGUUUCAUCACUUUUAAUAACACUUGGUUGUAAGUUCACUAAACAAGCACAAACUGUUACAAUAUCAUCUAUGUAGGGUUUUAAAGUAAGAGGUAUUGAUCCUUUAAGUAUUGUAAACAAUUUCAAAAGUCUAAUCAUUCGCUCAAUAUGGACACGGGAAGUGGCAACACGCCUUGUUGCUGUUGUAGCUUUGGCAGACACACAACCUUUCCUCAUAAUUGGAGGUGCAAUCAAAACUGUUUCAUGCAGAGCAAGGAUAUCCUGGAUGUUGAAGCCCUUAUCAGCCAUAACUUUAUCACCAGACUGUAAUUUCUGUAAGAAACCACUUUUACUAACAAUUUGUUUGUCACUUAUACUACCACUAUACAACUUUGAAAUAAAGUUGAUAUGACAAGUAGGUGACAUUGAAAUGAGUAAUUUGAAUGUGUUAGCAGACUUGUAUUGACUGUAGGUUGAUCUCUGGCAGGAGGGCUUUGAAGGUUUUUCUAUGUAAAACUCUGUACAGUCUAUUAUGGCUCUCAGGUUUUCAAACUUUUUAAAUGCUUUUGGUUGGGUAACCUCAUUUAGAACAGCAGUGGUAGGGAAGGGCAAAAGAAACCUUAAUUCCUUUGACAAAAACUUAGUCCAAGUGAUAAAUAUUUGGCUGACAGAUCUUGGACACACUCCAAAGAUAUCAGCCAACAUAAUAAUACUUGGGCUGCGUCGCAGUCUCACAAGGGUUAACACAAAUUGCUCCUUGGACAUCAGCUUAGAAAGUUCCUUGCGUCUCUGAAAGAAGGUAAUAAAUGAAGUUAGAUUGUACAAAUACUAAUAAAAUAUGUUUAUUCCUUUGUAGUUUUGUAGAAAUACUAAUUGUGGUCAGUGCACUAGAUGGUUUUUACCACAUAAAAGUCACUGUACAUAUUACUAUUUAUAUUAUAUAGUAGUUCUGCAAUCCUUGACAUUAACUUAAGCUUAAGUCCUUACUUGUAAAUAUUUUUUGUCCAU